AUUAUCAGCCUCAAUCUCAAUAACAAAAUAUUGUAAUGUAACACUCAAUCACCUAAUUAACUCACCUUCUGCCUUUGAUGAUGAUUAAGAGUUUAUUGAAGCAAUGUUAUAAGUAUAUAAACCAUCUCAUUUGGAACUUGUAAUGCAUCCAAAGAAGAAUAUUACAUCAUCUCAUUUUCAAAUCAUACAAAACAAUUCAAAAACAAAAAAAAUCCCAACAAUGGCUUCUCACUUUUUGAAGGCUGUCUUUGCAUUUUGUACAUUUUUGUUGUUGUGUGUGUUGUUGCCUCAAUUGGCUCAUGCAAAGCAUACAGGAAUAACCAGGCACUACAAGUUUGAUAUCAAGUUACAAAAUGUGACAAGGUUGUGUAAAACAAAGAGUAUUUUGACUGUGAAUGGGAAGUUUCCAGGGCCUAGAAUCAUAGCCAGGGAAGGUGACAGAGUCUUAAUCAAGGUGGCCAAUCAUGUUCAAAAUAAUGUCACCUUGCACUGGCAUGGAAUAAGGCAAUUGAGAAGUGGAUGGGCUGAUGGACCUGCUUAUAUCACACAAUGUCCAAUUCAAACAGGGCAGACCUAUCUCUACAACUUCACUAUCAUUGGUCAAAGAGGCACAUUGUUUUGGCAUGCCCAUAUCUCAUGGCUUAGAGCUACUAUCUAUGGACCUAUUGUCAUUCUACCCAAAAGACAUGUCCCUUAUCCAUUCCCCCAACCCUUCAAGGAAGUCCCCAUUAUCUUUGGAGAAUGGUGGAAUGCCAACACAGAGACAAUUAUCAGCCAAGCCUUGAAAACAGGGUCAGGACCAAAUGUUUCAGAUGCCUAUACCAUUAAUGGUCUUCCAGGACCAUUGUAUAACUGUUCAACUAAAGAUACAUUUAAGCUAAAGGUGAAGCCAGGAAAAACUUACCUACUUCGUUUAAUCAACGCUGCACUCAACGAUGAACUAUUCUUUAGUAUAGCUAACCAUAGCCUAACUGUGGUAGAAGCAGAUGCUGUGUAUGUAAAGCCUUUCAGAACUCAAACUAUACUCAUCACACCAGGUCAGACCACAAAUGUUCUUUUAAGAACCAAACCGAAAGCCCCAAAUGCCAUCUUUGCCAUGGCAGCUAGGCCAUAUGUCACUGGCCCAGCUGCUUUUGACAACUCCACAACCAUGGGCCUGCUCGAAUACGAAACAGGCCCAAACCACAAGAAGAACAAGAAGCUUCCUCUUUUAAAGCCGGUACUACCUAAGCUAAACGACACGUCGUUUUCCUUCAAAUUCAGCCAAAAAAUCCGUAGCCUCGCCAAUGCAAAGUUCCCUGCUAAGGUUCCAAAAAAUAUCAACCGGAAGUUUUUCUUCACGGUUGGAUUAGGACUGUCCUCUUGCUCAAAGAGCCAAAGGUGUACAAACAAUACUCAAGUAUUGGCGGGGAUUAACAAUGUGAGUUUUAUUCAGCCGAAUACGGCCCUUUUACAAGCUCAUUUUUUCAACAAGACAAAAGGGGUGUUUACUACUGAUUUCCCAACUAAUCCACCUUUUAAAUUCAAUUACACUGGUAAACCACCAAGUAACUUGAUGUUGAGUACUGGGACUAAGGUUGUUGUGUUGCCUUAUAAGACUAGUGUAGAGUUGGUUUUGCAAGAUACUAGCAUUAUUGGGGCAGAGAGUCAUCCCCUUCAUCUACAUGGAUUUAAUUUUUUUGUAGUGGGAAUGGGUUUUGGUAAUUUUGAUUCUAAAAAGGAUCCUCCCAAGUUCAAUCUUGUUGAUCCUGCUGAGAGGAACACCAUUGGUGUUCCUUCUGGAGGUUGGGUUGCUAUUCGAUUCCUCACCGACAAUCCAGGUGUAUGGUUCAUGCAUUGUCACUUGGAAGUACACACUAGUUGGGGCUUGAAGAUGGCUUGGGUUGUCAUGGAUGGAAAGAAGCCUAAUCAGAAGUUGGCUCCACCACCUUCUGAUCUUCCCAAGUGUUGAUUAUGUAUUAAAUUUUCUUUUAAACAUAAGUGAGUUCUAUUUUUUGUUGUAGUCAAUUCAUGACCUAAAAUUGGUCACAAUUAGAUGGCUAUAAAAUUCUUUA